AUGUACCAGCGGGCCAUCCUCAAGUCACACCCUACCAUCAAGCAGUCAAUUGACUUUAUGACACCAUGCCUGCUCAACAUCAUUACUUUCCUCCAGACACCCCCUACCAUCCAGCAGUUCAUCAACGACUCCAAUUUAAAUUACAACAGCGAGGGUGAGGAUGAUGAUGGGAAUGAAGGCAAACAAAACAACUAUGAAUUUCCUGAUGACCACUCGGAGGAUCCCUUUGCUAAAGAUGACGAUGACGCAUCAUCUGAAGAUCUUCCGCUAGAGGACUCGUUCAACCAACGUAGCAGGCAGGACACCCCUAGUACUGCCUCCAAAACUCCUGGGAUGCUCAAUGCAACUGACUUUGCUAUGUUUCAACAAAUUACGUCCCAGUUUGCUAUCCACAUAGAAGAUAUUACCCGCGAACCCAAAGCACAUAGACGAGACCUUGCCGUGGUAUGUAUGGUAGCUGAGAUGAUAGGUCAUGUCCGUGAUCUAAAGGCCCUUGUACAAUCUGGUCCUUCUACUGGGAGCCAGAAGACUACAAUGCCUGUCACAAUUGGUCAUGAUGAGUGGAAGGAUAGUGAAAAACUACGAAACAUGAUAAGAACCCGCAUCCAGAAAUACAUCGGUCAAUCAAAGACCGAAUCAUAUAACGGUAAUUUAACUAAAAAAGCUCAGCCAGUCGAGUUCUCACUUGAGAACCGGGUGAUGAACUACCUUCGUAAACAUGCAAACGACGAAUUCAACCUUGCUCACCUCCCUCCGGACUUCUGCAAAGGCGAUGUCAAGUCCAUCCAGCUUACUCUCAAGGUCAUCAAAAAGAUAGCCACCUAUCAACGCAGUGUGUUUCAGGAGAAGAUCCUCACCAACCUAUUGAUGAAGAAUAGGACUCGAUCUGGCGCAGUUCCGAGUCUCAAGGGGCUAAUCAGCAUGAUUGUCCGUAGCCGAAACCCUGACAUCGAUUAUUGCACAGACGAUCAGAUCUAUGCCAAAACUUCAUUAGAGGACAAACGUCGUUAUGUGUUGAUUUAUCUCCGCACCCCCACCAUCGCGAUCGAUGGCCAAAAACAACAUCGGCCAAAGUCGAUGUGGGUUUGGGUUGAUAGACAGUCGGUGGCGUUGUCAAAAUACCCCAAAGAAGGGUGUGCUCGGUUUUAUGAAAUCCUCAUGGAUCUUGAUAAAGAAUUCGACGGGUUGCGCAGUUUAUCCACCAUCGAAGAGCAGACAGGGCGCGAACUCCAACUACCUCGACAUAUGACGUACGCGCUCCCCGAUGUGAAAGAUCAACAACCAGUAGUAACAAGAGACGAUUUAGUAGAAGAAGAAGAAGAAGAUUUAAGGAAGAAGAAGAUUUAG